GCAGUAAUUAAAAAUACAAUAACCCUACAAGUUGUCGGCCAAGACAGAUGCCAAAAUAUAUAUUGAGACAGCCGUGUCUUGUUGACCAAAAGGCAUUGAUAAGUUUUAUAUGGGAAAACAACAUGCGAUAAAACCUAUAAAAUUUCUUCAGGUUAAAUGAGUAAAGAGGACGGGAAUAACGAAGAAUUCAGUGCCCCUUCGACGGAAUGGAUGGAAGCUGGAAAAAGAUAAACGUCAGCUUGAACAAAAACACUGAAAAUGGGACAUCAACUGAUAUGCUGGUCAUAACAGGCUACCAUGUUUUUAUUGGGAUUGUAUUUGUACUAAUAUCCCUGAUAGGAAUCAUUGGCAAUUCCUUGGUGCUUGUCGUCGUCAAAAAGAAGACAGCUAUGAGAACGACUACGAAUUUUCUUCUUGCAAAUCUAGCGACGGCUGACCUUGUGUCGUUGCUUGGGCUUCUCCCAAAGGUAUUUCAUUCGUUUGUCAAUCACAGAGAUCCGGAUCGAGUUGUUCAGUACAUUUGUAUGUUUUUGACGGCAGGGAAUUUAAGUGUCAUUGCUCUUGGUGUGUCAAUCAUCACUCUUGCUAUUCUAGCAUUUGAACGUUAUAUGGCUUUGUUAAAACCAAUGAGAGAGAAAUGGCGCUUGAAUAAGGAGAAUGUGAAGUACGCCAUCAUAGGUUCAUGGAUGCUGUCGAUAGGAAUAACAUUUCCUUAUUUCCUCCGGACCACCUACAGCCAAACCCACAAAGGCUGUGUACACAUUUGGGCCAGUCAUACUGAACAACUGAUCUACCUAACUACCAUUUUUAUUUUCGUGUUCAUUAUGCCGUACUUGAUGAUCAUUUUUGGUUAUUUCUCGAUAAUCAAAGGGAUCUACUUCAGCAAUCAAAUAUGCCCAAUGGAUACUGGGAACACUGAAGCUGAUGCGCGCUCAAAGAAACGCGUAGUCGAAGUGCUUCUGAUUGUGACUUUAUCAUUUUCCACCUGUGUUGGUACCUUUGCUUUGGUCAAUAUGCUCAAAGAACUCGGGAUCGUAGAUGGGAAUAGUGUUGUAUUUCACUUGGCCAGUGCUCUUCUCUUUGCAAAUUCCAGUAUCAACCCUAUCAUCUAUGCUUUCCGCAGCUCCAAUUAUAAAACAGCCUUCAGAGAAAUCAUAAAAGGAAGUAUUUCUGUGCAGGCGUAGAAUUAUAAGAUGAUCCCAUACAAUAUUUAUCCUAUCUAGCUCGUGUACAGUACGAUUUCAUUUAUGAUUACCGGUCUUAACCAGAGAUUGAGUCGGUCGGGCUGCGUGCACUGCGUGCUGGGCAGAGACUGUUUUACCAUACAACUAAAUGUAAACCGCUAUCUAAUUUAGCUAAUUAUCUUAUUUAAUUAAUAAAAACUGUAAUGAUAAAUUUGCAAUUCAACUGUACGAAUAAUACAAAAUAACCCAACCUAAUACAGGACGAAUUUCUUGAUGUCUUAGCAAUAUAUGCUUAAAUAUCAGUGCAUAUAAAACAAUUAAAUUUAGUGGAUAUACUCGCCUGUCGACAUUCUGGAAAUCUACCUUUCGAAGUGGCAUGUAAAGUGCUUUAGAAAAGCCCGGAAGGGUGUCUCAAUUCUUUCAAAUGCGCUUCUUAUUGAAGAACUAGGGAUAUUGCAUUAUUCAAGCUCAAAGUAAGCCCCAUUGUAAAUAACUGUACAUGAUUAAACAGCGAAUUGGUUAAUCA